CUUCAUACUGGUAAGACGUAUUCCCCCUCAAUAAAAUCCAAGCAUAUUUGUUCAAUCCUAACUCCACUGCUUUUUCUCAUUCCUUUUGUUUUCAUAUGUUCACUGGGAACAUAUUCUCCAACCAUUCUUACGAAGAUGCAAAGCCAUUAGUGAAGUGUUACUUCUGACUUUUGCAGUGGACUCAAUCAAUACACCAUCUUCCCACAGAUCGAAGUGCACUCCCGCACACAUAAACAUUUUGGUCCAAUUCGAACCUGAUACCUACGACCUCUUGGAGCAGGCACUCUCAGAAGUUUCAAUUCCAGAAGUUCCAGUUCUUGUCAUCCCGAUAAAAACAGCAAAAAAAAUGCGUGGUAACCAAAAGGCCAGUAAACCAAAUAGUAAGAAGCCCGGGCAAUAUGUAUGCAGAUUGUGUAGAUGGACCCAUCCACUCCGAAAAUGUAAAAAGUUCUUGGAAAUGGAACCUAUUAGACGGCUUCAACUGGUAAACAAAUUCGGCUACUGUAAGAACUGCUUGGCACAUUCGCACUCCCAAGGUUCUUGUUUUACAACGACUGGUUGCCGGUACUGCCAAAAAAACCAUCACAGCCUACUUCAUAUGCACAAGGCACAACAACAAACUCGGAGCCAAAAAGGACGGCCUCAUUCUACACAACAAAAACAGUCCAAAAAUAAAUCCCGAAGCUCAAAAACUCCAAAUUCACAUCCAAAGCCAAACCCGAAUCCAAUACUAAAUCCGGAUUCAAAUCCAAAUUUGAAGCCAACUGCAAGGUCGAAAUCGUGUGAAAAUAAAUCUUCCAAUGCUUCUUUAUCUGCUAUCCUAAAGCAGAAUACAGUUACGCUACUCCCAACCGUGGUUGUGGAAAUCGAAGGUAACAAAGGAAAAUGCAGAGUACGUUGUUUGCUUGAUACUGGAUCCCAAUAUAGCCGCAUAUCUUCAAGUUUAGUGCGCCAAUUGGGACUUACAACGCUUACUCUAAACGAAGAGACAAUUUGCCCAAUUGUUUUGGCAUCCGUGUACGAUCCAGACAUACGAAUCGAGGUUACACUCCGCGUAACUAAUAGAAUUUCCGUGCGCACACCCGGCAAAUUGCUUUCAAAAUCCAUAAAGGCCAAAUACACCAAUAUAAUGCUUGCAGACGCUUCAUUCUACAAACCAGGCCCUAUAGAUUAUGAAUCCUUUGCUUUCCUGCCUGUCAUAAAGGAUGUUAUAACAACAAAUUAA